AUGCGGGGUAGCACGGCGGCUGCGGCGGUGCCCUUGCGGCGGCUGCAGGCCUCGGCCAACUGCGCCCGCAGCAACGCGACGCAGCCUCCUCGGCGCUCCUCGAUCCGGACACUCUCGAGCGGGCGCGUGACUACCGCGAGGCCGCCACAGAGAUGCGGCCCGGCCGCGUGUCUCCGGGAAGGGUCAUCACCGCCGGCGCCGGCACGUUGGGGGCGGCAAGGCGGUGGUGGUGCGCUCGUCGUGCCGCGCCGGUCCCUGGCGACGGAGGCAGCGGCGGCAGGAGGUACCAGAGCUAGUGCUGGCAGCGGCGGGGGUCCGUUGGCAGAGUAUGAUGCCCGUGUCGAGGCAGGCGAGCUGCGCAACGACGAGCAUCAAAGAGGAAUCAUCGAAAGCCUGCAGCAUCUCUACGAUGAGCUGCGCGACUACCACGCGCCGCCGGUCGUGCACCCGAGCCUCGAAUCGCUCAAACCCAAGAGGUCCGUCCUCUCGUCGCUGUUUGGCGGCGGCAAGGCCGCCGAGUCGGCCAUCGGGCAGAUUCCGGACAACCUUCCGCGCGGGCUGUACCUGUUUGGCGACGUCGGCAGCGGCAAGACGAUGCUGAUGAACCUGUUCCACGACACGCUGCCGCCGUCGGUCAAGAGCAAGACGAGGAUACACUUUCACAACUUCAUGCAGGACGUGCACCGGCGCCUGCACAAGAUGAAGAUGGAGCACGGCGUGGACAUUGACGCGGUGCCGUUUGUGGCCGCGGACAUUGCGGAGCAGGGCAACGUCUUGUGCUUUGACGAGUUUCAAUGCACAGAUGUCGCCGAUGCCAUGAUUCUAAGACGGCUGCUGGAGGCUCUCAUGUCGCACGGCGUCGUCAUGGUCACCACCUCCAACCGGCACCCCGACGAGCUCUACAAAAACGGCAUACAGCGCGAGUCCUUCCUCCCCGCCAUCAAGCUGCUCAAGACGCGCCUGCACGUCAUCAACCUCGACUCGCCCACCGACUACCGCAAGAUCCCGCGCCCGCCCUCCGGCGUCUACCACACCCCGCUCGACGGCCACGCCGAGCCGCACGCCGACAAGUGGUUCCGCUUCCUGGGCGACGCGGAGCACUUUGCGCCGCACCCGGAGACGCAGCGCGUCUGGGGGCGGGAGAUUGUGGUGCCGCGCGUCAGCGGCCGCUGCGCGCGCUUCACCUUUGACGAGCUCAUCCGGCAGCCCAAGUCGGCCGCCGACUACCUGGAGCUGGUCCGGUGCUACGACGCCUUCGUGGUGACGGACGUGCCGGGGAUGACGGUGCGCGAGCGCGACCUGGCGCGUCGCUUCAUUACCUUCAUCGACGCGGUGUACGAGGGCAACGCGAAGCUGGUGCUGACUACGGAGAAGCCCCUGGGGGAGCUGUUCGUCUCGCGGGACGAGAUUGCGGAGAGCCUGCUCGCGUCCAGCAGCAGCAAGAGCGGCGGCGGCGUCGACGCGGUCAUGGAGGAGAUGGCGGCAGAUAUGGAGGGCAGCGUAGCCAGGCUCAAGUCGUCGAACCUGUUCGCCGGCGAGGAGGAGGCGUUUGCGUUUGCGCGCGCGCUGAGCCGCCUGAGCCACAUGGAGAGCAAGGAGUGGGUUGAGCGCGGCAUGGGCCUGGAAAGCAAGGGCGGCAAGGAGGACAAGGACAGCUGGACGCGCACGCGAAGCCGGCAGAUGGAGGACUCCAUGUAG